AUCAAAUUCACGAUAGGUGCAUACAUGCAAGUAAGAAACCCUAGCUAGAGCUCACGAUCCACCACGGACAGUCGGUGCCUGGAAUGUUCACGCCUGCAUUCUUCCAUCGCUUCUUAUAAUCUUCCUAAUUCCCACCUUUUGGACCGACACCAACACCUCUCGGGCUUCGACCAAGUUCGGCAAUCAAACCGUCUUCGCGUCCGCGUGAACAGUGAAUCCCCUCCUUGGCGAUAGGCUAUGUCUUUCGUUUCAGAGGGUCCUGGAAAGACUGCUCCCAGAUUAUUCCACGACUUCUUAACGUUCGAUCCGCUCAAGGUUAAUGGCCGAAAUCUACUUCGAACGUUCCCUCCGCACGUUGGCGAGGGGCAAGAUCUUCCACCGAACCCGCAAAUAGGCGCCUGCGGACACAACUACACCCUCAAAUACUCUCAGAGCAUUCUCCCGCCUCGCGACUACCGGCCUGACAGCCAGACAGUCUUCAAGGCUGCUCUCAUUUGCAAAAGAUGUCGCCUACACGCCGACUUGCGUAUCUCCUAUCGAGCGUCCACAAAUCCUUGCCCGAACGCCGAUCAUCCUGUACACCACUUUCAAGCCUUGCCAGGACUUGAUACCUCAACGCACAAUCGCAUACAGUAUGGGUGGCAAUGCAGCGCCUCGGGCUGCCGCGCUCAGGUUCUCACCAUUUUCCGAUUACCACGAUUGUCUGAUGGGGAACGAAACCUCAUCGCCACGCCGGAAUUUCUAAAGAGACGAUACGAGGAGGCACUCGCAGCGGGUCCAGAGCGGGAUAUCAAAGAAGCCACGCCCAUGCAGGCUCUCCAUCGAGUCAGGACAUAUCUCCGAGACGCACUCAACCCGGAGCACACACAGAGGACGAUUGCGGAGGAUCAAAAGAAAUUCAUUGAAGUGUUUGGCAUGCACGGACAGGAGUCUGUUGGACUUUUGAAGAAGCUAGGAUUUACAUACUCAGACCAUAGCUGGGAGCUGCCUGAUCCUCCGGAAUUGGACGAGGACGAUCGACUGGUAGCGAACGGAGACAGCGCUCGCGAAGCGUUGGAAGAUGUCCACGCCGAGCUUCUCGCCUGGAUGCAUAAGCUCAAUGCGGAGACUGGUGUUGUUAACCUCGCAGCUGCAGAAGGAUGGGCUGUUGCAGAUCUUGAAGUCAAGCGCGUUCUGGCCGCACAUGACUAUGCGCUCUACGUUCCUUUCCGAAGACCGUCGACGAUGAAUCCAGAACUCCAAUAUUACAUCGCCAGUCUAGGUGCGAUGGCAGAUUUUGGAGACGCCAUGAUUGAUUUUGCUUAUGAGCGACAGAGCAUGUGUGAUCCUCCAAAUCGCCCAUACUACUUUGAAUGUCUCCAAGUUGUGGCCGAAUCCCGGGGCACGGAGAAACUGCAGCUCAAGGUUGCUAUGCUAGCCUCACAAGACUUGGUGAGCAGGCGCGACCUUUCAGCCGCGUAUCGUCUUCUGAAUGUGCCGGUGCACGAUGCUCAUAAUUAUGACGAUGUGCGCAUCUUGGACCAAUUUCAUGUAAGGCAGAGCGAUCUCGGAGUGCAGGCACAAGAGGACGCUCGUCAAGCAUUGUAUCGCAUUGGAAUGGCGAGAGGAAGUACGCGAUUGAUCAACGCCUCGCGGCAAUUGGUCGAGACAUAUGAUGAUGCACUCACGUGGAUAGGAAAUGGAGUGAAUAGGGAGACGACUGAUGAGUCGUUACUUGCUGUUGUUGGCAUGAAAAUUCUCGAUGACAAGGCGAACGAGGAAAUCGCGCAAAAGGCCAUCACGGUAAUUGCAAAAGAGCGAGGAAGCAAACAAUUGCAAAACUGGGUCGCCACAGGAAGAACAGAAACAUUCGAUAUGAGCGCUGACGAGGCACUGCGAAUCUUGGGGAUCGAGGACAACUUCAGCGCCAUCGAUCAGACUCUACUUCCAACUUUGUUCGACAGCGUGAGGUCAGACAGACCCGGAGGUCAAACCGAACAAGCGAUAGCCGUCUUGCAAAAGGCCAUAGAAGGCAAUGGUUCUACAACACGCGAUCCAGCAACAUGGCCAGUCGGAUUGCGAAGUCACGGCAACACUUGCUACCUCAAUAGUCUACUACAAUACUACUUCAGCAUCACACCUCUUCGAGAUAUCAUCCUCGAUUACCAGCAGUAUGCACUCGACACGACCAAAUUCAAGGAAAAGGAGGAGCGAGUCGGACAUCGCAAGAUAUCUAUCGUUGAGAUCAAGGGCGGCCAAAAGUUCGCAGACGAUCUCAAAAAGCUCUUUGAGAAUAUGAUCAAGGAGUCUGGCGAUUCGGUGAUGCCUGAGGAGGCCCUGGUUUGUCGAGCCUUUCUGGAACCCAAGGAUUACGAGCUCCUUGCUCCAGACGCACCGAAAGAAGUCAAACCAGCACAGGAGGAUUCUACCAUCGUUGCGGACGAGAUGAUCUCGGACUAUGUGACCGUGACAGCGCCUACCGAAAACGACAAAGGUCAUGAGUCCGAUGCAAGCAGCACUACCCUUCAGGGCUCUCCGGAAGGCGAUGGAAACACCACCACGAAGCCUCCGCAAGAUCUUCUGACGCCUCCUGGUUCCCCUGCCAUUGAUGCCAUGGACGUACAACCUGAACCUGAGCGUGCACCACCGCUUCCACCCCGAUUACCCUCCAAUACUAAAGACGAAGCCCUCAGCCGAGCACAAUCUAAUGCGAGACAGCAACAAGAUGUCACUGAGGUUCACGAUGGUGCCAUGUUCCGUCUCCGAUCUGGCAUGAUGCCCUUGGGCAAGGACGAAAGCGACGAGCAAUACGAUAACCUUCGAUCACUAUUCUCCAUCGCAUUAGCUGAGACGCCAGUCCGAAACGGUGCAGAAGGCCCAAAGAAAGUCCUCUUGGAUUCCAGUCUGCAGCUCAAUGUGCCGAAUGAGUCUAAAAACAUAUACUCCGCCUUGGACGAGAUCUUCGACCUGCAGGCAUAUGAUGAGAACGCUUCGUUGGAGACGUACAAGAGCAUUACGAAAAUGCCACCAUUGCUCCAGAUUAAUAUCCCACGGAUCGGCUACGAUAACGUCCGUGGUGCAUUCAAAUCUAACGCAUGCAUCAAAUUAGAAGAGGAGCUAUAUCUCGACCGAUACGUCGAGUCCGCUGAUCCCGAGGUCCUCGCUCUUCGCAAGAAAUGUUGGGGCUGGCGCAAGCAACUUCACAAUCUAAAGAAAGAGAAAAGUGUGCUUUCAAAGACGUCCACGAAUCUAGACGGCCCAGACACUGUCACCCGAACCGCAGAAUAUCUCAACAACAUUUCAUCUUCGCUCAACGCCGAGCUUGCCGCCCUGGACCUCGACGGCAUAGAUGUCGAUCCCACUUUACCUUCCGCGCUCGCCUCCGACGCCGAAGCUCAGCGCACCCGCCUCCUCCAGCUAGACCAAGAAAUUUCCCGAUUGGACACUUCCAUUUCGCCGCUUUCCUUCCCACAGACACUCAAAUAUCGCCUCGCUGCAGUCUUCUUCCACCGUGGAGACUAUGGUCAUGGACAUUACUGGAUCUACAUCUACGAUUUCGCGCAGAAGCUCUGGAGAAAGUACAAUGACGAACGUGUAGAGGAAUUCCCUCAGGACAAAAUCUCGAAAAUCCUCGCAGCCAAUGAGUGGAGUCACGGCACGCCGACCUAUGCUGUUUAUGUGAGCGAUGACCUCGCCGAGGAGGUCAUCCAGCCUGUCUGUCGGAAACCUGAGGGAGUCGUCGCGGCUCCUUCUGCUCCUGUAGACGAGGUCAUGGCGGACGAUGGAAAGGAUGGCAGUGCCGCUGGUAUGAGACCACGGUCGGAUUCUACGUUGGCGGUAGAUGAUGCGGGAAAUUUGAGGGACGCAGUGACGGAAUCCUCGGGACCAUGGGACCAGAAGAGGGAGGUUUCGAAAUCAGAGUGGUAGGGCAUCUAAGUCAUGAAGUGGAAUGUGUAUCACAUAGCUUUACGAGUGGAUGAAUGAUGAAAAGACGCCGAGAGGAUAUCCCGGGUUCCAUGCACGCAGCCGCAAUACAUCAAUACGUAGCAUUGUCUUCCAGUAUCGGCUUAAUAUGAUCCAAG